CAGGCAACGCCUCACCUCCACCACCACCACCACCACCACCCGUGAGCAGUGACAGUUGUUUUCUCUUCUAGCAAUAGCAAUGGAGUCCCGCCGCUCCACGAGGCCGAAGCCUCUCCUCCUCGCCUCCCUCUGCCUCCUCGUCGUCGUCCUCCUCCUGGCCCUCCCCCUGCAGCCGGCGUCCGCGGUGCCAACGACCAGGAGCGUGCGCCUGAGGAACCAGCAGCGCUCGCCGUCUCCGAAGCUUUCUUCCCUGCAGGAUGUGGCGGGGAGGCUGCAGGGCCGGGCGGCGGCGAGGAUGGACGUGGAGGUGAACGACUACCCGGGGUCCGGCGCCAACAACCGCCAUGACCCUCCCAAGGGCCCCGGAAGAGGGUGAAGCGAGCUCCUCAGCUCACCGCCACCAGCUGGUCUCGCCUGUUGUGUUGGUGCCGCUCUGUCCGUAGCCAUAGCUGUUGCUACUACUACUAGUACUUCACAGUUCACACCAUGCAUUAUAAACCAAGAAAAGUUGAUGUUU